AUGCCGCCGCUAGCGAAGUCCAUUUGCGCAAUCUUGCUAGCCGUGAGCUUUCUCUUUGAUAGAGCUCGAGGAUUUCCCUCAGGAGGAACUAGGGUAACCAUCGGCUAUCGAACAGAAGAAGCCGAGCUUAUCAAUUUUCUCCGUCAGCCAUUUAGAGAUAGAGAAUAUGAUGAAGAAGCUGAUGGCUUGAAUCAAUUAGGACAUGGCUUUUACAUGAUAAACGAACCUGCUGGCUGGCCAGGUCGUCCAUUGGAGGAUAAUUGGUUUUGUGUUAUCAAGGCAGAUGGUGAUAAGGUUAAGAAUGCGGCCAAAAUUUACAUCCCAGAACGUUAUUCGAAAUUGACCUGGAAUGCUCGGACUGAGGAGGUAUACUUGUGGGCCGGAGAAGAAGAAACCGUCCUUGAAUACAUCGAAUCGAUGAUCCCAAACCCCGAGCGGGCGCUGCGCUUCUCAUGGAUCGUAGCUGGAGGUUCGAUGCAGCAAAUGGUCAUUCCAAGUGAUAUAAUAAAUUACAAUGAGCUGGAUAUGUGGGCCCAAUGCUUUCAGACAGCGGAAGAGCUUUAUCGAUGUUCGAGCGAAAUCAUUGAUUGGAAGAGUUGGGAGAUUACUGGGAAUCCUGGAAUACCUGGCUCUGCAAAUUACAUUCAACCGGAUUUCUGA